CGUGCCAUAGUGAAGAGUCUGAAGACAGCUGGUGCCACUUUUGGCAGCUUUCUCAUUUUAGCCAGUUUUAUUUUGGCAGCCGUCUGACUUCAUAUCGUUUAAUCUUUCCCUGGCAGGCUGGCCAUGAGCGCCUCUGGUUAUUCGCAGCUAACGUUGCCACAGGUGCCUCCUGGUUACGUUCUGCAGUUUGUGUCAGUGCAGGAGGGGAGCAAUAAUCUCAGCGAAUUCCUGCAGAGUUAUCCUGCCGUCGCCAGCAGUAAUCAAGUGGAGGACCAGGAAAGCCAGAGCAGUGAAAUGAACGAGUUCUUCUGCACUACGUGCAACACGAAUUCCGAAGAGCCGUGCUGGGAUCACGCGGAUGCCGUCAAGGACCAUGCAGUCGAGUUGGCUGUCAUUACGCUGCCGGACUGUCUCUUCUUCGACCAUAAACCGGGAAUGCCCGAUAAAGGUGUCUUUGCACGGACAGCCAUCGCGGCGCAGACCGUCUUCGGUCCGCUGAUCGCCCCCAUCCGCAAGACCUUCGUGGAGGACACCACGCUGGCGCUGCCCUUCUCCGACCUGGGCAAGAAGGACGCCGUCUACUUCGACCUGCGCUCCAGCCACACCUGCAACUGGAUGAAGUUCGUCCGCUUCGCCGAGACGCGCGCGCAGCAGAACGUGGCCGUCUGCAUCCGCGACACCGACAUCUACUUUGUCACCAUCCGCUUGGUCCCGCCCCGCGAGGAAAUACGAGUGGCUUUUUCUGGCAAAUAUUCCGCCGUUCUGGACGAGGCGUUCCUGCAGGAGAGAGUGAUGCCGUUUGAAGCAGUGGGAGGCCACCAGAUUGUGGCGGUGUUGGCCAGUGGAUCCCAGGAGGCUGCGGCACCGGAACUACCCGUUCCUGUGCCAAAUUCCCCGCAAAAACACCCAACACCACGGAAAAGUGCGCAUGCUCCUCAGACGACCGAGGAGCCAACUUCGAAAAGAGGACAGACCACUCCAUCGCGGGCUUUUACGCGCCCCAUGAUCCCCGCAGCAAAAAAAUCCGUUGUCCCUCCGUCUCGUUCUAGUGUAGUUCGCAAAAGUCAGACGCCAUCCGAACCGAUUCGUCUUCCGGUUAAACCCUCCAAGACCAUGGAAUCUGACCCAUCAGCCGGCGCUGCGCCACAACCCACCGUGUCUCCGUUGAGCGUAACCAGCUACGGAUUGCGGUCGAAACGCGCCAGCAUCCCAGCGGAAGAAUUUUUUUUGGAUAGUCGCGGGAAACCCGUUGUGUUUAAUGGAUCGUAUUCGGACACCGUGUCUCCUGCACCCUCUCCAGCGCAAGGAUUACGCGAGAGGGCGUCCCGGAAGAGGAAUAAGGUUGUGGUGGAUGUGUCUGUCGAUGAGCGCGAUGAAUCUAUGGAUAUUGUUCCCAUUACACCAAAGAGUAGAAACAAUCCACCGCGGGUUUCGGAGAGGUCUCGAAGAGAUGCGGGUGGGAAGCGAAGUAAAAGUGUUGCAGAGAGAACGGUUAAUCUCUUUGGACAUAAUUUCGAGGAUCAUUCUGAAGAUGACGCGGAUUGGGCCAUGACUGACAGUAGCACUCGAAGCCGUCGUUCUUCAUUAUCACGGAGCACCGGCCUUUCUUCGGACAUUAGCAGUUCGGCCAUAACCGAAUCGGAGCGAUCGUUUCCGGCUCAGAAGCGUUCUCCGGCAAAAACACAUCGAAAAGCAGCCAGCACGCAGAAUGGCUCCAGAACGCCAACGAAAACAGUGGUCCGACAUUCGCCGGAGAUUGACAAUGCAGUCUGUAUUGAGAGCCGUGAAGGUAGCGAAGAAAUCGAACAAGUGCCUGCGCCGAAAAAAGCGAAAGUCGUGCCUGUCCUGACGAAUGUGAAGAGCGGAAAAAAAGCAGAAGUCCUGAUGAAGUGAUGACAUGAUUGAAUUGUUCCUUCCAUUGGUGCUGGAGAUUUCAGUACAAGUGAACGGUUAUUGGUGAUGGUCAGUAAUCUGCUCAGUUUUAGCAAUAUUUUUGUAUUCGCAAGGCUCUGUUUUAUAAUCUCUUAAAAUUCCUGCCGGAAUCUUGUCCUUAAAAUUUCUCUUUUAUUCUUUGUGAGAAUGAACUGCACGUUCUUAUUUGGUACAGAAUUAAUGCUUAAGUAGUGGUAUUUGUUUGUAAAGCGAUUUCCGUCUCUGUCUGCAGUAACGUGGUUCACUUGGUGAAAGUUCCUUGAAUAUUUGCUCUUUGGUUGUGUUACUGUGAGGAAUAAUUGGAGAUGUGGAA